AACCACGGAAGUGGAAGUGGAGGGAAGCUUCUCCAUAACAUUCGCCGAAGUCAUGUCGUGUUUAUCUUAUAGUUGCGCUGUAAUUCAACCGCGUAGCUUACAUACAACGAAGCAAAUACGAUCAUGUAGGUUGUAAACGAACUACCUUUACGGUCGUCGUUGUAGUUAUGUUGCUUUAGGCGCUUGGCGUUAGCUAGCUGCGUGGCUAAUGAACGAAGAACUUAGUGGAUUAGUUUUAGGGUAUAAAAUGGUUCAAAACAUGUUCCGGACAGGGUUUCUGGUUCGGGCCACACAUACCGUGCUGACUUGGGUCAUAACGCUGAUUCUGUUCGUGCACAACACCGACUUGCGUCAGUGUGAAGAGCGCGGCGAGCUGAUGGUUCCUGUGUUGUUCUUCCUGCUGGUGGUGCUGUCGGUGCUGUUAUACUUUGCGGUGUCUCUCAUGGACCCGGGAUUCGUCCUCGCGGACACAGUCAAGCCUUCAGAUCUGGAAAGUGAGUCAAUGAUGCCUCAGUCGUCCACCUGUCGUCUGCGGCGUUGCGGCUUCUGCCUGCUGCAGCAGCCAAUGAGAGCCAAGCACUGUCCGACCUGUUGCCGCUGCGUUCGCCGCUUCGACCACCACUGCCCGUGGAUCGAGAACUGCGUGGGCGAGCGCAACCACCGCUGGUUCGUGCUCUACCUGAUGGUGCAACUGCUGACCCUGCUCUGGGCGCUACACGUCGCUUUGUCGGGCAUUUCUCCGAGCGCUACGUGGGAGUCGUGGUUCCGUGCCAACGGCUUCCUGUUGGCGGCUUUGUGUGUGGUGGGCGUGUUCUCUGCGGUGGUGUCGGUGUUGCUGGGUUGCCACAUCUACCUGGUGGCAAUCAACUGCACCACCUGGGAGUUUAUGUCCCGGCACCGCAUCGCAUACCUGAGGGAGUGCGAGGACGACGACAGCCCUUUUGACCGCGGCGUCCUCUGCAACCUGUGGGACUUCUUCUGCGUGUGCGGGGCCGUGGCCUGGGAGCAGGUCUACCACAGGAACGCCCAGAAUCCUGUCUGAGCGCCCUCAAGUCCAGAUCUAAGACUUUUAAGACUCAAAAGACCUUAUGACCAAAGGUUCUCAUGCGGACAUUGCCUUUGAACUAUGGCCCAACAUGGAUUCUCGACUACCUGAAACCAGCAACUCAAUCAGACGCGAAGUAGAUGGUCCAAACAGGCUCAAGUCCAGAUCUAAGACUUUUAAGACUCAAAAGACUUUAUGACCAAAGGUUCUCAUGCGGACAUUGCCUUUGAACUAUGGCCCAACAUGGAUUCUUGACUACCUGAAACCAGCAACUCAAUCAGACGCGAAGUAGAUGGUCCAAACAGGAAGUAGAAGAACCCAGCAGGAAGUAGAUGAACCAGACAGGAUGGAGAUCAACCCGGCUGAAUGGAGUAAGAAUUGGUUCAUCCUUUAAACAUAUUUUAAAACCCAGCACAGAUUCUUGACUACCUCAAGCCAACAAAUCAAUCAGAUGGGAAGUAGAGGAACCUGGCAGGAAAAAGAUGUACCAGACAGGAAGUAGAUCAACCCGUCAGGAUCAACACACCGUUUUGUAAAUGAACCAAACAGGAAGUAGAUGAACAAGACAAAAAGCAGCAACCAGAUAAACCCACAAUGCAAAUGACCUACACAGCAAAUUUACAAACCAAGACAGGAAGUACAUGAACUUAUUUAAUUUAUUGAGGACCAGACACAAAAAAAAAAAACAAUGUGGUGAUCGUGGUGGUGUUUGCGCACAUUCAUUCUCUCGUAUACAGUACAUAUAGCAUAAAUAGCAUUUAGUAACAUUUAAUAACAGUCUGGUUCCUUUGUUUCCCCCCCCCCCUUUCUUUUGCAUACCAACGGUCAUUAUUAAUGUCAAUCCUUAAUAAUGUCUUGACAUAUUUCAACGUCUGCUGUGUAUCGUGAUGAAUAAAUGACUUGUUUGUGGCCGUAAACUACAAGUAUGGCUCUCUUAGCAUUUCCAUGGCUUUGUUAAUUAUUAUAUUUUAAUAAUGCUACAUCAGGCGCCAUGCAGGAGUCAUGUGACCACCUGUGUGGUCACGGCAGUGGGCAGAGCUCAUCACAGUCAAGCAGAUCUGGAAGACCAGGGAACGGUAGUGGUUCGGGGAUUGAUUGUUGGCCGGCGAAUGAGGGUCAGCUGUGCAGGGCGCAGAAGUCGAAGUCGGCGAAGGCUUCCUGCUGCCUGGGCCGAGAGUCCCCCGGGCGUGGCGGGUGGAGACAGGACGGGCUGAAGGCGCGUGAAGUCGCUGUCAAAGUUGCUAACGUCCGCCGACGUCUUUAGGGACGGCAGGAAAGGCGGCGACACUUGCUUGGACAGGAGGGCGUCCCAGUCCACGUCCUGGAAAGUCGUAUCACAGACAAAAUCUGCAAAUGUGUGUUUACAACACCACGGUGUAAUAUGGAUGCCAGGCCACUAGCCGGUGAUAUCACUUUAGGUGGAUCCCCAAGUCAGUUUGGACUGACUGGAUUAUUUCGUUCCUCCUGGCGGGUAGGAUCUUCCUCGAGCUACCAGGAACUAUUUGAGGGGGUGUGGCUGUGCUGGCGAACACUGAUUGGUUGACAGACCUUUGUAGGCGUUUACGUUUUCAGUCACAAAGCCGCUAUUAUGCAGCGUUACGCGAGGCUAGAAAUAAGAGGAUUCCAAUACAUUGAAAAGCAACAUUUCCAAAC